GAUAAGCUACAGGUAGUCCAUGUGACAAGUCACACACUUUGUUCUAGACGUAUAUGAAGCAUUAGUCACUAACUGAAUGUGAUUGGAUCCUCAAUUGUAAUAACAUCUGUAAUAUAAGUGCAGGAAGAUAGUGAAAGAGAAUAUUACUAGUACAACUAUCGCCAGUGUGUUAACUACGGCACAAGUAUGUUGAUACAGGGGGUCUUAAGCUUCACUUUGCCGAAGUCGGAACAGGUGAUUCAGUGGUAGUUUUCUUACAUGGGUUUCCUGAGAUUUGGUAUUCAUGGCGGCACCAGAUGAUCGCGGUAGCAAAAGCUGGAUAUCGUGCAAUUGCUCCUGAUUUCAGAGACUAUGGAUUAUCAGAAAUUCCCCAAGAACCUGAAAAGGCUUCCUUCAGUGACCUGAUCAAGGACCUUCUCAUCAUCGUUGACUCCUUAUCCAUCUCCAAGGCUUUUAUUGUUGCGAAAGAUUUUGGAGCUCGACCAGGUUACCUGUUCGCAAUUCUACACCCAGAGAGAGUGAGAGGCGUUGUGGCAAUAGGUGUUCCAUUUCUACCUCCAGGUCCUUCGCUUGCAUUUGCUAUUCGAAACAUAUACAUUCUCUUUUCGAAGAGUGAGAUACCUAUAGCACCAGAAGAUAAAGAGAUCAUGGACUUGGUAGACGAAUCUCAUCCUCUCCCACCAUGGUUCAGUGAAGAAGAUCUCUCUGCUUAUGCUUCUCUGUAUGAAAAAUCUGGUUUUCAUACUGCAUUGCAAGUUCCAUACAGGUCGAUUAAUGAGCAGUUUGGUAUAAACAAUCCAAAACUUGACGUUCCAGUGUUGGUGAUCAUGGGUGAGAAGGACUAUGUUCUCAAAUUUCCAGGGAUGGAGCAGUAUAUAUCUAGCGAAAAGGUGAAGGAGUAUGUUCCUGACAUGGAACUCACAUCUUUACCUGAAGGAACCCAUUUUGCUCAGGAGCAAUUUCCUGAGCAGGUGAAUGAGCUCAUCAUCAAAUUCCUCAGUAAGCACAACCAUGUAUGAUCCUGAUUCGUCUCUGAUCCAACAACUACUGUAGUAAAGUUAAUAACUGAG